UAACUAUAGGUACAUGGCGUACUGCUGUGGUUAACAAGUUUAAAUAUUGGAAUAGUAUAAUUCGUUGGCGGCGUAGAUGUAAUCGCGAAAGUGGCUCUUCGCGCGUGCAGUUUACUUGAAGGAUGUUUCCAGGAAGAGAUUCCAGAAGAUUUCUACGAGAACUUCAUAAAGUAUCGUUACACUCCUGAGUUCAACCGUUUAUCGCGUGGAAAGCUGCAGUAGCGGUAUGGAUUUAAGAACCUUCCUUCGAAACAACGCCAAUCUGAAGUCCCGACCCAGACGAAGAAGACAUAGUAUUGCAGAUGUCCGCUUCCUACACACCCUCCAAGAUAUUCCGGAGAAACCCGAAGAGGAACACGUGGCUGACGAACGACGGCACUCAACCGGAAGCUUUGCAAAAACAGAAAAGCCGCGAUCUUCAAGCGAACCUCCAAACCCUCCAUGCUGUAAUGAAAGCGGCAUCCGACCUGCUACGAUUGUGAAUGAGACAGAAACAAAUUCAACUGAAACCGCUCGUUCUAAGCGAUCUCUUUCUCGUGAGGAAAGCGAAGAUUUGAUAGAGGCCGUGUCCAACUACGUUUUGUCGUACACAGAUGACCAAGAAAAUCUUUGUAGUGUUAACAAUCUGUCUCCCACGUCUACUGGGUCUUCUUCCCCCCAAGAGAGUUCUAAAGAAACUAGUGACGAAGAGUUGGCUCUGUCUGACAUUCUUCGCAAGGUCGACACACCUAUGGUAUCUCAACGAUUAAGACGAGGGAGCACGAAAGAUCUAGAACUGAUGGAACGAAUCACUUCCUUGACUCCCAUAACUGAGAGCAGCCGGUCUAGUAGUCGUGCGAGUAGAUCGUCUAGCCAGAAUGGUUCGGAAAUAUUUCCAGACAUUAACGAUGGUAAUGAAGGGACAAAUCAUGGGUUGCACUGCCCAACCCCAAAGACUGCCGGAAUAAAAGAAGAAAUGCUUGGGAAGAUUCUUGUAUCUCCUCAUAUAACGAGAAGAGGGUCUUUGAGUGAUCUUCUGAAGUCAUUAUCACCAAACUUUGAUACAAGAAAAGAAAAUGGUCUGCAAGGAAUGGGUAAAGAUGAAGAGCUCAGGCCAGAGUUUAUUUCACUAAAUGCAGAGACCCAAAUGAAAGAUCAGUCUAGAUCACUUUUUCCGGUGAACUCCGGAAAAUAUUCCCCAAAAGUGUCUGUAAAUGAGAAGCACUCUAGCAUGAAAAUUACAGAUGCAUUGGGUAAAGCAAAUAAUUCGCCAGUAUCACUGAAAGGAAGGACUUCCGGAGACCUCCUUAACUCACUGUCCUCAAUUGCUGACCGUGUAUCAUUUAAAGCUAGCGAUACAAAAAAGUCUUUAGGAUCUGAAGCUAAAAAAGAGAAGCACGAAGUCAGCAGUGUAAAUAAAGAAAAAGACGACUUAUUCGGUAGAAUAAUGAAGAGUCCGUGUCUCACCAGGAGAGGCUCCAUUGGAGACGUGCUAAACGCGUUGACACCCAACCCAGUCAGGAGGUGUCCGUCGCCAUCUCCUCUGACUAUCAAAUACGAUACACAUGACGAACUGGUGCUGAAGACCCAGCCUGUUUCCCCGGAGAUGCCAAAGAUGAAAGAUGCUGAGAGGGCAACCUGUGAGCCUGGUGUCGGAAAAGGUCUUUUGGCAAUCGUCCAGCAACAUGUGAUGAAUCAUAGUCAGGCCAUGCAGCGAAGGAGAAGUAACUCCAUUGCCUCCACAGAACCCCACACUGGAACCAUGGAAACAGUCCUAAAAAAGUGGAAUGAGGACAGGAACCGCGCAGCUAACAACGAGUCUUUCGUCGGUAAGACAUCUGACAAAGACUCUUCACAAAAGGGAGACAUUGUCAUUAACACCACCUCCUCCUCUAUGACUGCAACAAAAAACAGCAUGAUAAAAGAGAACAACGGCAGUGGUACUGUGACUUCCACAAAUACCUCUAAACACAUUCACGACAACAACAACAACAAAAUCAACAAAUCUGCAAAUACAAACCAAUGCAAUAGUGCAAAUAACACUGAAGUACUUAAUCCUCAGACACCCAAUCCACAAGAAAACAUAAGUGAAGAAAACAAGGCCAACGUCGACCACGAAACAACUUCUUCCGUUCCCAGGCAGCUGGUGCUAGUAGGCAGCCCGAGCAAACAUGUUCCUCAGGGGAAUUCAGAACAAGAUGUUCCUUCAGCAAAGACAACAAAUAGAAAGAUAAGCGCUCCACUUCCACCAAGAAGUGAUAACGCCUACCACGUUCCCAAGAGAAAGUCCAGUGUGAACGUGAUGAAACGUUCGCCUGUUACUGUUGUGAUUUCAAAGGAUAAAGCCGGGAAAACAGAAGUGCAUAGAAAAGUGUCGCAGUUUCAAAUUCCUAGCGGUGUAAACUUAACCGAUUCGCGAUUCCUUCCACUGAGUAAAGAGGAAGCCGAAGACUAUAACAGGAUAAAAAACGCAGAGAAAAGCGCAUUACCCAGGAAAAAUUCGACCGUUACAAUGAGCUCAAAAGUCACAGUUCACGGCGGAAGUGGCGCAGUUGUGCGUAAAGUAGGAGUUGCCUCAAAGAGACCUGUUCUUGAUGCCUCUCUUCCAACUGAGGAGAGAUUUGCGGCACUCAGCGAGAGAUAUGCCAACUUAAAGGCCAAAAUUGGAGGGAAUGAUGACAAGAAGAAGUCCACAGAGUCCUCCCCCAAUCUAGUAGAGAAGAAUGAUAGUGGUCCAUCUACUGAGGACACAUUAACCCAAUCGAAAUGCUGGACGACGGUUGAAAGUAUUCCAGUUCAAGUAUACGUUGAUCAAGUAUUUGAAAAUCCUCGUGACUUCACAGAGGCUGAAACCAAAGAGACGUUGAGUGGCAAAAACAAAUCUCCAGAGUCUUGCCCCAAACCUGAUGAGGAGUGUAAUUCUGGUCCAUAUACGGAAGACACGUUAAUCCAGUCAAAAUGCUGGACAACUGUUGAAAAUACUACGGUUCAAGAAUAUGUUGAUCGCGUAUCUGACAAACCACGUGACUUAACAGAGGCUGAAAAGCAGGUGACUUUGACUGGAAACGACGAAGACAAGCAGACAAAAAAUGGCGAGAAACAUGACAUUUAUAAGAGCCACAUGGCAACUAAUAGUAAUGACUUCGACAAUGUAAUAAGCUGCAUAAAUUAUAGCGAAAAGAAAGCUUCCAUCGACCUGAACAAUAACAGCAAGCCCAGUGUCCCUGAGACGCAGGUUGUUGAAGAUUCCUGUUGGAUCGACAGUAAGACACCUCUUGACUUACGACCGGAAACUCCAACGCAAAAGACAAGGACAAGUGUCGUUGCAAAGCUGAUGAACAGAAAAAUGAAGCCAAGAAGAAAACAAAGCAUAGUGCCAUGUGUGGUGAAACGAAGAUCAAGGGUUUAUACUAAGGAAUGUUCGGGACAUGAGGGUAUUCCAGCUUCUGUGGCAGAGUUUGAGAAGAUCAGAACCUUUGUGGAAAACACAGUGCUUCGUGCCCCAGUGCGACAAGAGGCGUCAAACAUCCUAGAUUUGCUGACUGGAUUGUCGACCUGUUUGACUGAAAAAGAGUUAGUCGCCAUUUGUAAAGAGUGUUCAAAGACCUUACGGACGUUGGACGCGCUAGGAAGUUUGCCAACGUAUCUCUCCUUGGAGACGGUUAUCAUAAACCCAAGUGGAACUAUCAAGUUUAAGCAUCUAAGCACAGGUUUGUUAACUAAAAACCGUCAUUAUUGAAGCAUAUUCCGCUCUCUUGGCUCGGUACGUAACUCAGCUGAGAGUCUUAAACACUUCUUCGUAUGAUUGCAAGUUAAUGAUAUGGGGUCUUGAAUUCAA